GUAUCUUAUCGCGCUUGUUGCGGUUCCUUGGAAUCGGAUUGUGGAAUUUUAGAUCAGAGAUCUCCCGUUAUCGCGCGCGCAUUAAUUAGGAAAACGUGCGCGCUACAUUCGAUUUUUGUCGGAAGAGAGGAAACCAAAAAGACCCGGGUGUACGGUACGGUGGGCACGUAUAUCGAUCGUAAUGUGAAAGUUCUUUUAUGUGAGAGAAUCUUAACUAAAGGCUACGGCGAAUAUCUCAAGGUCGGCCGGCGUUUCUGCUCAUUGUACGCGAAUCGCGAGAAAACGCGAGACAGUUGAUCGCGGUCGACCGAUAAAUACACAUAACGCGUGUUCUAGUCAAUUAUUCACAGCCGGUGAUUUAUUUAUCGCUAAUAUGGGUGCGGGUCAGUGCAAAAGCUUCCGAAAAAACCCUCCUCCGAUCAAAGAAAUCCGUCGCAACAGUUUCCAGUGCAUUGCGAUGCAGUCCGUCAGGUCGCUUGCACUUAGAAGGAGGUGGACCGCCUUCUUGAUGGACAAGCCGUUCUUACGUCAUUUUCAGGGUUCCCAAGAACAGCAUGACUAUAUUGAAGAUGUGGUGUGCAAGAAGGAGGAUAUCAACGAAAAUGAAAUGAAAUUACUACCACUUGGGGAUAGCGAAGGAAAAAUUUUGUUAAUAAAACAAAAAGGAGAAUUACAUGCAAUUGGUACCAAAUGUACACAUUAUGGAGCUCUGUUACAUACCGGUGCAUUAGGAGAAGGAAGAGUGAGAUGUCCAUGGCAUGGGGCUUGCUUUAAUAUUAAAACUGGAGAUAUUGAAGAUUAUCCAGGCUUGGAUUCUUUACCAUGUUACAAGGUUCGCAUAGACGAAGCUGGUCUUGUACAUGUAAAGGCUAAACGUAAAGAUCUGGACCUUAAUAGACGUGUGAAAGAUAUGUCCGCAUGCGAUCCUGAAAAUAUAAAAACAGUUGUAAUAGUUGGUGGAGGACCAGCAGGUGCAACUUGUGCAGAAAGUCUACGACAAGAAGGUUUUACAGGACGCAUUGUUAUGAUAUGCAGAGAGAAUGUUGUACCCUAUGAUCGAAUAAAAGUAUCCAAAAUAUUAGAUUUUGAUGUUCAAAAGGCAGCAUUACGGCCUCCAAUGUUUUAUGAUGAACACAAAAUAGAAACAAAACUUGGCGUAGAAGCUAUAGGCCUGGAUACAACUCAAAAUAUUGUUAAACUGAGUAACAAUGAGGACUUAAAGUAUAAUCAUCUAUUCAUAUGCACAGGCAGUAAACCAAGAAUGUUAAAUGCACCAGGAAGUAAUUUGUCAAAUAUUUUUGUGCUGCGAGAUUAUACUGAUUCACAAAGCGUAUAUUCACAGCUGUCUCCCGAAAAAAACGUAGUUGUGUUGGGAUUGGGUUUCAUUGGUAUGGAAGCGGCAGCUUAUUGUAUCAAUAAAUGCGCAUCUGUUACAGUAAUAGGGCGCGAUACUGUGCCUCUCAGAGCGAUAUUCGGUGCGGACAUUGGUGAUAGAAUUAAAGAGCACGAAGCAAAAGGGGUAAAGUUUAUCUUCCAAAACAAUAUCAAGCAAUUUAUUCCAAAGGAAGAUGAAGAGAAUGUUGUGGCUAAAAUCGAACUUACAGACGGUCAGAUUUUACCAGCAGAUAUAGUUAUUGUUGGAAUAGGAUACUUUUACACAGAUUGGCUGAAAGAAUCAUUUGUUAAAAUAAGGAAUGAUGGCACUGUAAUAGUAAAUAAGCAUCUACAAACAAAUAUAGAAAAUGUAUAUGCUGGAGGCGAUAUAGCUUAUGCACCGAUAUAUGGCUCUGAUGACACAUUGGCUGCAAUAGGUCAUUACUCUUUAGCCCAUUAUCAUGGCAAAGUUGCAGCUCAGAACAUAUGUGGUAAAGAAACUCCUUUGAAAACGGUACCAUUUUGGACCAAUUUACUAGGCAAAAAUUAUAGAUAUGCAGGUCAUGGAAAACCUACUAACAUAAAAAUUCAUGGUUCAUUGGAUAAACUGGAAUUCUUUGCUUAUUAUCUUAAAGAUGGCAAAGUAAUAGGAAUGAGCAGUGUUAAUGCUGAUCCUGUUGUGUCAGAUUUUGCAAAUAUACUUUAUGAAGAAAAGACAUUAACAGAAGAGGAAAUUAAUACCGAUCCAUUUGGUUGGAUGAGAAAUAAGCCAAAGGAUGUGUUAACGCGAUUUCAAGAUACCUUUUUAGUAGAAGUAAAGGCUUGAAUUGUGUUUUGUAUAAAUAAUAUAAUUCAGUUUUUUUUAAACAAUGUCACAGUAUUAAUCUCAACUUUUUAAUUAUACAUUAUCAAUGUAUCUUAUUAAGCAUGUGUAAUAUAUCUAAUAAUCCCUUUCCUAUGUAAUACUCUUUAUGUAAUAUAUUCAGCAUAUUGUAUAUCUA